GGCCAGCAAAGCCGUGAUAUGAUUGGGAGGCGGCGAUACGGAGCGGUCGGUCGUGUGAUUGAUCGUGCGCUGUCGGGCUGGCCAGCAACGCGACGUUCGUGCUGGGCACCGUAGCGGAGGGCGCCCGCGGCUCGGAGCUGGUGCUGCGCGUGGCGCGGGAGUGCGACGCGGAGCGGCGACUUCGUGCCGGCGGCGGUGACUAUGGCGGCAGUGGCCUCCUGCAGCAGCUGAGCGCCAUGCUCGGCUGGCAGCAGCAGCACGAUGCCGUCACGAAUGCUGCCUGGCACCCUCGGCACCCUGGCCGAGAGUGCGGCGGGGAGGGAGUGGCUGCUCUCCGAGGGCUGCGUGGACAUGGUCAUCGAGCAGGUGACGGCGCUGCUGGGCGGCCAGGCCGGCUGGGCGGCGAGCAACGCCGCGCUGGUGCUGGCGCGCAUCUCCAUCAGCGAGGCCGGGUGCCAGCGGCUGCUCGCUCACCGCGACGCCGCCGCCACCCUCCAGCGGCUCGUCCAGUCCCUCAGCGUGGACAGCACAGGCUGUGGGAUGAACGCCGCGUUCGCCUUGGGCCGACUUUGUGACCUGCCCGCCGGCCGAGACCGUCUCCUGGGUCUGGGUCAGGCCGACAGCAUGAUCUCGGCGCUCUCCGCCAUGGUUUGCCACGGCGACCUCGGCUCCGGCAAGAACGCCUGCUUCGCCCUGAGCUGCCUCGCGUCGGACGCCGCCGGCCACGACCGCCUGUGCCGCCACCGCGGCUUCCCGGCAACGCUCGACCGCCUCGCCGCGCUGCUGGAGGCCGAGGAGCCCGAGGCUGCGUGGUUCGCUGCAACGUUGCUGAGGACGCUGGCGAGCCAGCCAGCUGGGGUGGUCUCCCUAAGGGCCCACCCGACCCUCCAACCCACGCUGCAGCGAGUGACCGCGAGCGAGGGUGCCGCGGGACCGGAGCUCCUGGAGGAGGCGUCGGUGACGCUGAGGAAGCUGCAGCCCCUCCCCCGGCCGCCCCCCCCGCGGGUCGAGGUGCUGGGCCCGCACGCCGUGCGCGCCUCCUGGGAGGCCUUGCAGCCCGAGAGCGGUGUCCGCGUCACCUACCGCCUGUUUGACCGGGGCGAGGUGGCCUACACGGGGCCCGACACGAGCUGCGUGCUCUCGGGCCUGGAGCCCCACACCGCGCUCAGCCUCUCGCUGCAGGCCCUCUCGCCGGGGGACGACGGCCCCCUGAGCGCGCCCGCCACGGCGCUCACCGACGACGGCCCGCCGGGCCCGCCGGACGACCCGCGGCUGACCGCGUGCGGCCCCACCCACGCCCGGCUCAGCUGGCGGCCCCCCCGCCGCCCCGCCGGCGCCGUGCGCUCCUACGUGGUGCUGCGCGGCGACGCGGUCGUGGCGACGACGUCGGAGCUUGGCUGCCUGGUGGGCGGCCUGCGGCCCGGCGGCGCCGUGGAGCUGGCCGUGUGCGCCGUGACGGGCGCGGGCCGGGGCGAGAGGGCGGUCGCGGCGGCGACGAUGCCCGGCGUCCGCGAGCACGCGCCGCGGCGGCUCGCGCUCGCCGCCGUGGGCCGGACCGAGAUCUCCAUUUCGUGGGAGCCUCCGUCGGCUCCGCUCGGCAGGUUCUUCAACUACGAGCUGCGCGUGAACGGCCGGGUCGUGUACCUGGGCACGGCGCGCGGCUUCGUGGUCCGCCGGCUGGCGCCGGGCUGCGAGUACACCUUCGUCGUGAGCGCCGUCACCAGCGAGGGGAAGUUCGAGAGCAAGGCGGCGACGCGCUGCAUCCCCGGGGACGAGCAGGAGGGCGCUGCGAGCCGCAACGCAGCGGUGCAGCACCAACCGGCGGAGACGAGCGGCCGCGCUGCCCGGGAGGCAGCCAACAGCAGCGGCGGCAGCAGCGGCGGCGGCGGCGACGAGAGCAGAGGGGAGAAGCCGAGACGAUCCAAGACCCUGCCGCUCCCCCCGCGGAGUGUCCCCCACGGGGGGGGCGAGGACGUGCACCCCAAGUCGCCCUGCGGCCUCGCCGACAAGGAGACGCCCACGCUCGCCCUCGUGCACAGGAAACGGUCUGCGAAGUCGGUUCCCUGCAGCCCCCAGCAGCCGAGCGAGGCUCCCGCCCUGGCGACUCAGGUCCACGCAAGGAGCCCGCGGGACGCCGAGACGCCACGGGAUGGCCACGACGGCAAAGCUCGAGAGGGGAACGAGCGAAGAGGGCAGGGGGCGGCGGACGACGGAGAGCGGGGCGGGCCGAAGGAGAAGGAGGGCAAGGGGGAGGCCGCCGAGCCGAGGUGGCGACGGAGCGAGAGCGGAGGAGCGGCGACAAAGCUCGCGGCCAGGCCGUCGCGCAAGGUGGCUCUGAACUUGGCCUCGGUGCUGGACUACGGCUCGCUGCGCCGCUCUCCUCUCGUGCACUGCUCGAGCUCGGACGCGAGCGACGUGGGAAGGUCGCCGGACGGCGCGUGGAGGGAGGACGCCUGCCGGUCGCUGGCCAAGGUGACGCUGCUGGUGGAGAGGGGCGGCUCCGCGGUGGAGAACCAGCGUCGCCGUCGUGCGGUGGCCGCCAAGCCUCUGCAACAGGCCUCAAAGUCGCCAGACGGCGCGUGGAGGGAGGACGCCUGCCGGUCGCUGACCAAGGUGACGCUGCUGGUGGAGAGGGGCGGCUCCGCGGUGGAGAACCAGCGUCGCCGUCGUGCGGUGGCCGCCAAGCCUCUGCGACAGGCCUCAAACAAGGCGACGAAUUCGACGCAGAGUCUGCCGAUCAUCGGCAAGUCCCAGUCUCUGCUCCCCAGCGCCCCCGGGACGCGGCCGUGCAGAGACAGCGGCGGGCUCGGCCUGCACGUCUACGACUGGAAGCUGUUGAGGAGGCGUGCCAGACUGGCAGAGCUCACAGCACCCCGAAUGAAACACUUCAAAGACAGGAUCCCUGUCACAACCUCCACGACGCCAGGGCAGGAGAAUCAUGGCACAGCGCUGCUCAUGCUCGGCAGCAGAUUCGCGGACAGGCGAGCGGCGGGAAAAGGUGACCGCACGACGCUCCUGCCGGGGCUCUGGGUCCCGGAGCUCAGCAACGUGGCGGGGGGCGAGCCCAGCGCCCUGCGCUACCCCUCCGCUCGGCAGAGUGCGCGGACGCACGCCUUCGGCCGAGACGCUUCUCUGUGAUCAUUGG